GAGAAAAAGAACGUGGGAGGUUGAAGAUGAUACUGCGAACAGCCCCCGGGGCCAUCGUCCUUUUUCUCCUACUUACGGGAUCGAUCGUUGCUCAAGAUGACGAUUCUCUGGCUGGCAGCUUCCUGUCAGGUUUACUAGACUCCAUAACGAGUACAGCUAACAGUGCGGAUUGUCCAGGGGUAUGUGUGCACGCAUUUGCAACCUUAAUAUGUUUCGAAGUUCUCGAGCAUGUGCAAUGCCCUACUAGCAUGCGAUGUUGCAUCGAGGCACCGAUUAAUGGUACCGGAACCUCCUCUGAAAACCUUCUCGAAGAUGAUAGUCCGACGUCGACGAUGCUCACUACCGUUAAAAUGGCAGUAACGUCUGUGAACGUCACCACGCCACCACCAUCUACCACACCAGUGACUACAUCGUCAAUGGCCCCACUGAAAACUACCUCUGAUAAUCAAGUGGAAACGGUGAAUAAGACGUCGACAAAAACAUGUUCCGGGAUUUGCAUGGCGGAACGAAUAGCGGAUUACUGCGACGCGGUUCUAGUGAUAGACACCCUGUGCAAGCCGGGGUACAAGUGCUGCGUGUCCAGGGACGCGUUCGGUGAUUCCCCGCCGCCAGAAUUGUUGGUGAUCGACCGAACGAAUUCGAGUCGUUUUGACGAAAAAACUGGCAUCAGCACGCUGCACAAAAGCUCGUCGCCGUCCACGACUGCCAGGCCAAACACAUCUAUUACCUCUACCAGCGUGUCCACCACCGCUUUGAUUACGACCGUCGCGGCCACGAAACAGUCGACGACCACGAUAAGGCCCAAGAUCACACCGAAAAAACCGUGCAAGGGUGAAUGUGUCAGCGGUUUCUUCGCUCUCCUCUGCGACAAGGUGGACGGAGAAGCUGAAUGUCCCGACGAUGGAUCCUGCUGCAUAAUCGACGCAUUCUUAAAAACGGAAACGACGACGACGAUUCGGCCAACAACAAAGUCGCCGCAGCCGAAAUUGCAGCCUUGCCCAGGAUUCUGUUUGUUGACCAUUAUGGCGGCCUUCUGCGAGCGGCCGAACGUGAUAAUACCGAAGACGUCGAGUUGUCAAUCCGGAUCGAUCUGUUGCGACAACACGAAGACUACGCCGCAGACUCCAAGGCCGAGGCCGAAACCUACACCUAGGCCGCCGGUUACGACGGUCUUAUUACCGCCGGAUCCUCGCCCGGAAUGUCCCGGUUCCUGUAUCGUUUCUUACUUGUCUUUCACUUGUUUCAGAAACGCAGAACUGACAAACUUGUUCAAAUGCAAGAAACAAGGGCACCAAUGCUGCGCGCCGAAAUCGUUGAUCCGAGAAUUCAGCGGUGGAAAUUCGACUGAACCAGUCUUAACCAACAGAAACGAUACGAUGUACGUCACGUCGAGGCCGUACACAACACCGCUCACAACGAUGAUGUAUGAAACAACGACAAUGACAACAACCAUGAGAAGUCCUGUGUACAGUAAGUAUGUAUGUGGUGUAAAAGGAACUUCUCGCGGACCCGUCCAAGCGCGUAGUCUUGAAAGAGGAGCACGCGUCGUUGGAGGAGAAGACGCGGACGCGAACGAAUGGUGUUGGCAGGUCGCCUUGAUUAAUUCCCUGAACCAAUACCUGUGCGGCGGUGCGCUCAUCGGAACACAAUGGGUUCUUACGGCUGCACAUUGCGUUACAAACAUCGUGAGAUCCGGUGACGCGAUAUAUGUGAGGGUCGGUGACCACGACCUAACUCGAAAAUAUGGAAGUCCAGGUGCACAAACUUUGCGCGUUGCAACCACCUAUAUCCAUCACAAUCACAACAGCCAGACUCUGGAUAAUGACAUCGCGUUACUGAAGCUUCAUGGACAAGCAGAGCUUAAGGACGGUGUUUGUCUCGUGUGUUUACCUGCACGAGGUGUUAGCCAUACGGCUGGCAAGCGAUGCACCGUCACCGGUUACGGAUACAUGGGCGAAGCUGGUCCUAUACCGUUACGAGUACGCGAAGCUGAAAUACCGAUCGUGAGCGACGCCGAAUGUAUUAGAAAAGUAAACGCGGUCACUGAGAAAAUCUUCAUUCUACCAGCAAGCAGCUUUUGCGCCGGUGGUGAACAAGGAAACGAUGCGUGCCAGGGAGACGGAGGAGGUCCAUUGGUAUGCCAAGAUGACGGGUUCUACGAGCUGGCCGGUCUAGUUUCAUGGGGUUUCGGUUGUGGAAGAUUAGAUGUUCCUGGCGUUUAUGUGAAAGUUUCGGCAUUCAUUGGCUGGAUCAACCAAAUCAUAUCCGUAAACAACCUUUAGCUUCCUUUACGUUCUACUUAUAAGAAUCAAGACAUUUAUUUAUUAAGAAGACGUGUAGUACCUUCACGCGCUUGAUGACGUAACGCGUUUCGUUACGUAUUUAGCAAAGAUUGCGAAAAGAAUUUCUUUUUCACGUACGAUAAACGCGUGUUUUACUUUUCGGGGAAAUUCGAGUUCAGAAAAUGUUACGAUAUUUGUAACAUGUUUAAACGUAAAUGUCUUAGCUUUAACAGAGUUAACGAAAUUUUGUUAUGUUUAACGUGAUCGUACAUAGUGACGGGGUAAACUUUCGUUCGUCCAAUGUUUCUCGGACAUUAUUUUAAUUGGGAGACAUAAUCUUAUCAUUCGAGAGUUAUUAAGACAGUUGAGUGUUUAUAAUUUAAAAACAUUUAUCAUUAAAUAGACACGUUAAUAUUAUUGAAACUCUUGGUGAAAUUUGGUUUAAAUGCCUUCGAAACAUCAAAAAUAUAUUGUAUAUUACAAAGGAAGUGUAACUUGUAAAUACCGUGGCAAAAGAAUGAUUCAGUUGAAAAUGUACCUUAAAAGAAGAUUUUUAUUUGGACAAACGUAACGUUCGUAGCAUAGGAUGAACAAAAGUUUAUUGUAUUUUAAACGGUCAUGCAAAAUUGCUUAGGAAAUAUCAGUGAGAUGUAUGAAAGGAGAAUCUUUGUGUAACAAGAGUAAAAACACACUGUUUUGGGAUGUUAAAUUUCCAAAUUAUGAAGUAUUUUCGUUAUUUGAAAGUAAAAUUAUAAAGAUGUUUCAAACUAUAUACUAUCUUAAGUUAUAAAACAAAAUUUUGUUGGAAACUACCGUCAUGGUAAAGUGAAAAAUAAAACAAGAAAUUCUCAAAACCUAGAUAAUGUACUGAAAUCAUAAACAAAAUUAAUAUUCAUUAUUUUUAAAGUAAUUUUAUGUUGUUAAUGUAAUUACAUUAACCUCAUUCAUGUAAAAAGAAAAAGAUUGAUUUUUUAAACUUGUUACAUGAGAAUCCUUCCUUAAGAUUAAUUUAUAAUUUUUCUUCGAGUAAUCGUGCCAUCAAGUGCGUCAAUACUAGGUGACAAAGAUAUUUUUUGCACAACAUAUGGCGUUUAUUAGAACGUCCAUUUAUUGAUAAUUCAUAGUAGGGAAAAUACCUAUAUGCAUGUUAUUUAUUUACAUUAAACUUCGCGACAAAGGCAAGAGCCAAUUUCAUAGAACGCGAUGUUUAUUUAAACAUCAAACGAUGACGGUCAAUGUACAGCAUUUAUUACUAUAUACAUAUUUCAAAAUUAAAUUAUUAAAUAUUUCUUUAAUUUUUUUUAAUGGUAAUAAAUCGUAGAAUAUGAAAAAUUCUGUAUUUGUAAAAUAAUACACAAAUAUUCAUACGUGGUAUAUACAUAUCACAUUUGUUCAUAUAAUGUUAACUUACAUUACACUAUUUUGUUUUUAACCUAUUAACCAGAUGAAGACGAGAUUAUUCAUUUAUUUGACAAUUUAUUCCACUAAUUCGUUUAUUCGUUUAUCAACUGAUUUUUGCAUAGACAUAUGUAACAUAUAAUGUAACUACUUGUUUAAUACAAGUUACGUGUUAUACGAGUUUGUUAAAUAUAUAAAUAUUAUGUUUAAUAAUUUUUAUGAAAUUGGCCCUUCAUUUCAUAUUUAUAUUGUUCAACAGUUACUAGUUGUGUUGAUUCAUUGUUUUGAGGACAACACCAUGCUGCUUUGUACAUUAUUGCGUCAUUCAUAAUGUCUUCUCCAACUUAUAAUUUUAAGAAUGUUUUAUCGAUUUGAAAAUAUGAGAAACAUUAUUUGUGAAUACAAAGU